AUGACUCUCCGCCGUGUAUUAGCUUUCAACACCAAGGCCGUUAAGACUACUUCAAGCAUCUUACGCCGCUCUAUGACUACUACCGCUGAUACAAUGACCGUACGUGACGCACUGAAUACCGCUUUGGAUGAAGAGCUUGCGCGUGACGAGGAGGUCUUUUUAAUGGGUGAAGAGGUCGCUGAGUACAAUGGCGCGUAUAAGGUCUCGAAGGGAUUAUGGGAGAAGUACGGGGACAAGCGCAUUAUUGACACGCCCAUUACGGAACAGGGAUUUACGGGCCUAGCCGUUGGUGCCGCUUAUCACAAUACAAAGCCUAUAGUUGAAUUUAUGACGUUUAAUUUUGCUAUGCAAGCGAUUGAUCAAAUUAUCAACUCAGCUGCUAAGCAGUUUUACAUGUCCAACGGUGAUAUCGGUGUACCCAUCGUCUUCCGUGGCUCUAAUGGUCCCGCUGCCGGUGUUGCUGCCCAGCACUCGCAAUGCUAUGCCGCGUGGUACGGCAGUGUGCCCGGCCUCAAAGUGGUAUGCCCUUAUGACUCGGAGGACGCUCGUGGUUUACUAAAGGCUGCUAUUCGCGAUCCCAACCCCGUUGUCGUGCUGGAGAAUGAGCUCCUCUACGGUGUCUCUUUCCCUGUGUCUAAAGAAGCUCAGGACAAGGACUUUACGAUUGAGAUUGGCAAGGCCAAGAUCAUGAAAUCGGGAAAGGAUGUCACGCUGGUGGCCUUCUCCCGCAUGGUGGGUGAAGCAUUGGAAGCUGCUGCUGUUUUGGCAAAGGAGGGCAUUGACGCCGAGGUGAUCAAUCUUCGCUCGAUUCGUCCGUUCGACCGUCAGGCCAUCAUUGACUCGGUGAAGAAGACCAACCGCAUAGUAUCCGUCGAGGAGGGCUGGGGUCAGCAUGGCGUUGGUGCCGAGAUAGCUGGCAUCAUUAUGGAGACUGAGGCCUUUGACUAUCUGGACGCUCCUCUGGAGCGUGUGACGGGUACGGAUGUGCCCAUGCCAUACGCUGAAAACCUGGAAAAAUUGUGCCUUCCACAGGUCGAUGAUAUUGUUGCGGCUGCCAAGCGCACAGUGGCGCGCAAGCUCUAA